AUGACCUCGUUGCCCGUAAACGCUGCGAAAAAAGCAACUCGCGAAGGUACAGCGGCGCCAGUGCCGUUCAGCUACUCAGACGAUGAAGACGAAGACGGAUGGAUGCCGUUCCGUCGAUCUGCCCCCGAUACUGAGAAAAUACGCGUCAUUGUAGAGGCUAUCCGUCUGGCUGAAGAGGAUGUUGUGUAUGAUCUCGGUUGCGGCGAUGGCCGAUUCAUCAUUGAGUGCUGCCGCCUCACAAACUGCUCGGGAGUUGGAGUUGAGCUGGACGAGUCUUUGUUAGAAAAGGCAACGCGAAACGCCUCAAGGGCUCCAAACAUCCGCGCGAAAUUUCUGCAACGCGACUUCGUGGCUCCUGGCCUCGACCUGGCGGAGGCGACGGUCAUCUUCCUCUAUCUUCUUCCAGAGGCCCUGGAUAUGCUGCUUCCACGGCUACGCGAACUCGCGCGGACCUCCUCUGCGUUACGGUGUAUCGUCACCUUACGCUGGGCGCUGCCCGGAGUGUCCCCGUCUAUCGACAAUGCAGAAAUGAAUUUUUUUGUGUACAGAGCUGAAGACCUCAGGAGCAAGACCGAGAGCCCUGCGUAG